CGAAAGGUCAGCCAAAGAUGCAGGGCGGCGAAAAGGCGGACGCGGCGGCGCGGGUCAUCCAGCGCAUGGCGCGUUGCCACGCGGCGCGGCGGUUCAUGCAGCACAUUGCGACGUCGGUGUACCGCAAGUGCUACGACGAGUCAUCGGGGCUCUACUACUUUUGCAAUCUCCGAACUGGCGACACGGCGUGGGACCGCCCCCGCGUCUUUUCUGCUGCGGUCGACGCGCCCUUCUUUGUCGACCCGGCUUUAGCAGCAGACGACAAGGCGACGCCAGCGGUUGAAGGAAACGACGAUGCAGCACUGCCGAUCCAGACGCGCAAGAUGCAACGAGACGAGCUCGCACGACUGCGCCAAGAAGGCCUCGCGCUCGUCGCACGCCGCGCCGAUGCCAAAGCGUCGCUGGAAGCGUCGCAGCGCAAGAAGGUGCAUCAAGGACGCAAGGCAUGGGAGAAGCGGUGUUUGCAGCAGAAUGAAGAAGCGCGCAUGGAGCGCCGGCGCCAAGUGGCCAACGAGAACAAGCAGCUGCUCCAGACCCUCCUCGAUGGCACCUAUAAACCGCAGCUGGGCUCGAUUCGCGAUGCCUGUAUGCGUGGGGACGUUGCCCGCGUCAACGACCUCUUGCAGCAAGGAUUUAGUGCCAAUGCAGAGAGCGCCAUGGGACUCACGCCGCUGCUCGCUGCCUGCAGCAACGGCCAAUUGGCCGUCGUCCAGCUUCUUCUCGGCGCCAACGCGGACGUCAACCACCGCCACGUGAUUACACAGCGGACGCCAUACAUGGAAGCGUGCGAGCGUGCGAAUGCGCCGAUCUUGCGCGAGCUCUUGCGCGCCGGGGCCCGCUUGCACUGGCGUGACAAACAGAACCGGUGCGCCGCCGAUGGCAUCAUCGACGCCACGAUUCGUGCCAUGCACGAGGCGGCGGCGACUACGUGGACACCGACGACGAAUGGUCUCUUUCCGACGCCCUUUCGCAAGGCUGGACUCGCACUUGCGUUUGUCGCCAAGUGCCAAGCAACCGCGUCCACUCGUGCGCAGAAGCGGGCGGUGCGGGCGGCGUCGGCCACGCGCAUUGCACUCCAAAAACGGUUGGUCGAGUGCAAAGUCCGAUAUGACACGGAAAAACGGCACAGUGAUGGGCAAGUCGUCUUGAUCCGACGUCGCGCCACCAUGGACACGGUCGACGAACGGUUUGACGGCGCGCGGGCUGCGAUCCUGAUCGACGCCGAAGACGCUGUGCUCGCACGCCGCCGGGCGACCCAGCCGCGGGCGUUGCUUCCGUCGGACCUAUUUCGAAUUCUUUCUUAUUGCAGCCGACAUUGGUUCGACACGAAAGCAGUGCGAUCCCAACAAAUACUACCAGCGUACGUGCCCAUGGCACCGUCGCGCGUUCGCAUCUCGACCAGCGUCCCGUCGCGCGCUGUCGCUGACCAGCUCGCCGCCAACGCCGCCACGAUGGACGCGAUUUGUGCCGAGAUGCUUGUGAUCGAAGCCACUCAAGCGAUCGAUCCGGUGCGUGGUGUCUCGUGCCUCAAAGCGUCGGGCGAGAGCCAAGCCGCCGUGCGCGUCACAAUCCUCGAGGCGCGUCACCUCCCGCGUCGUGUCAACCGGCAACUGAUUAAUCCCUUUGUGCGGGUACGCAUUCUCGAGACGAGCGGCAAGGUCGUCGUGCCGUUCGAAGCGACGGACCCGCGCUUCGACGACGAGUGGCCGUCGUGGGACCAUGCGCUCACGAUGCCCGUGCCAUCGAUCUACUGCGAAAUGCACGUGCAAGUCGUCGAUCACGCCAGCGGUCGCCCCGAGCUUGCGGGCGAAGUGCGCCUUCCGCUGCGGUCGUACCUCGACCAGAAGGAGCACGACGAGUGGCUCACACUACCGCCGACGCUCAAGCAGCAGCUUCUCGAAGGCCCUGGCGCCCGGACGCCGCCAGCGACGUUGCAUGUGCUUGUGGCCUUUACCCACGCCAAGGGGCUCGUGCUCUACCGCGCCUUGCACGCAGCGAUGCGGACGCGCCAAGUCCUUCUGGAGGCGCACCGCGCGAGCGUCAAAGCGCAUCUUGAGCAGCAACUCGCCCAACUCGAAACGCCGACAUAACCACGACAACAACUACUACUUCUUAGCUCGAGGGCUGGGUCGUCUCGACAUGGCUGCCAAA